CCUCCUCCAUCUCAUUCCCCAUCACCACUCCUUCUUCCUUAACCUCCACUUCCUAGUAUCACUGCCGUUUUCUGUUUAAUCUUUCUUUUCUCUUCUCUACAAAGUCGCUUGUAUCCAUAUUUUCAUUCAAAAUGGCCGAUAAUGAUGAGCAGCACAACCACACCUUUGAGCAGGCUUCGGCCGGUGCCUCUGCCACCUACCCCAUGCAGUGCUCUGCGCUUCGAAAGAAUGGACACGUCGUCAUUAAGGGCCGCCCUUGCAAAAUUGUCGAGAUGAGCACUUCUAAGACUGGCAAGCACGGUCACGCCAAGGUCCACUUGGUCGCCAUUGAUAUCUUUACCACAAAGAAGUUGGAAGAGCUGUGCCCUUCCACCCACAACAUGGAUGUCCCCAACGUCUCACGCACUGAGUACCAAUUCUCUUACAUCGAUGAUGACUACCUCCACCUCAUUGGGCAGGACGGAACCGAGAAGAAUGAUGUCAAGGUCCCCGACGGAGAUGUUGGUGAUAGGAUUAGGGAAGCUGAGGAAAAGGGUAAAGAUAUCUUGGUUACCAUCAUUGCCGCUAUGGGCGAAGAGGCUGCUAUCUCUGUUAAGGAGGCCACUUAAUCAUCUUAUCUAUUGUCAUGAGGACGGUUAAUGUAGCUUCUUUUUUCUUCAUUUCCCCCCUUCUCUCUCUUUUUUUCUUUCUCCGUGAGCGAGUUUGAUCAUUGGGUUUCAAUCAAAUCAAUUGGAGCUUGGGCGGGAGGUUCAUGAAAGCGCGAUUUUUUUCUUAAACCAAAAAAACAAACCGUUCUUCACCUUUUGUCUGAAAAAAAAAAAAGCAGAAUAUCUGCAGAGGGAGGGAAACAGACGGAACUUGGGAUAUUGCCAUUGGAUCUCAACUCCGUCGUUCGCUCUAUUUGCGAAUUAAAAAUAAAAAUAAAAAAAAUUAUGUUCC